AUGAAUCCAAACAAGAAUCUAGAAGUUGAAAGUAUAGAUAUUAAAAUUGAAGACUUGGAGACUGAAAUAAACAGCAACGAACAUGAUAGUUUUUCAGAAGAAACUGUUAUAUCACCAGUCACUACCAAGGGAGCAAAUAUAACGUCUCGAGUAAAAAACGAAUUGGUACUGGGUACGGACUGUGGAAAUAUUUACUAUAUAUGCUCGGCCACUGGACAAGUAAUUUACAAAUUAGCCAUAACAACGGUACCAUUAACUAGUUUGCUGUUUGAUAAAGGAUUUAACGAGUUCAUAUAUAUGUGUAUAGGAAGUUUAGACAAAGUAUUCAAAAUAUACGACUAUAAUAGAAGAAAAUUAGUAAAAGCGUUACCUCUGGAUGACCAAGUAAACUGUAUGUGCGCUAUGUGGGGUUAUAUUUUUAUAGGUUGCAAGAAUGGAACCCUAGUUAGAUAUUCUAUAGAAAAAAGUAAAUUUGAGUUUGGCGAAAAACACAUUGGAUUAAGUAUUAUUGUAAUAAAGGCAGUGCAAGAAGGGUCACAUAAAAUGUUAAUAGUAGGUUAUAAAGGAGCUUCCAUAUACAUAAGAUGUGCAAUGUCUAGUGCUUAUUUGCGACACUUCAGUAGAGAAGCCAUUCCUCGAACUGUGGGUUCGUUGAUUUUGGAGAAUAAUUUAUUAUAUUGUGAAACUGCACAACAGGGUAUACUGGUUUUCUCGUUUCAUACUGGCAAACUUGUAAAAAAGAUUAGCCCUGAAAAUCUUAAAGAAAUAAGCUCUAUUAAGAUUGUUAACAGUCAUAUUUUUACUAGUUGUUAUAAUGGAAAGGUAUAUGUAUAUAAUUUGGAAAAGCAAAGUAACGUCGCAAUUCUAGAAGGACCUAGGGGAAUAAUAUCAAUGGAAAUACUCCACAAUCAGGUUAUUCUUGGAACAUCUACUAAAAAAUUAAUUUCCAUUCCUAUUCCAAAUUCAAUAAAUGUAUAUAGUAAGUAG